AUGCAAGAGUGGUAUAUCGCACACAUAAACCGAGCUCAAGCUAGAGUGCGAGACAUUUUACAGCAAGCCAGGAAACCAAUCAUUAUCCAACCAAUGUCUUCAAACGAACGACCGAAGAGAUUCAUCGGUUUCUUGAUUGCCAGCAUCGUCUUUGCCACACUGGGCCCCCCACCGGCGGAAGUGAAUUACAAACACAGAAGCUCUCUUGUGAAGUUUGUUUGUGAAAAGGACAAUCUCAACAACAUUUCCUUUCCCCUGGACAGAAAGGUUAUCGCACAGUUGUACGUGGAACACAGCCAUAAAUUCAUCUAUUGUGAGGUACCAAAGGUGGGCUGUUCCAACUGGAAAAGGAUCAUCCUUCUCCUCAAUGAUUCACUGGGGCUUUCAGCAAGUGAACUGAAACACUAUGAGGUUCAUAGUUCCCGUUUGCUGCGCAAACUCAGCUCCUAUCCCCGGGCCACACAAGAAGAGCUUCUCGCCAAUUACACCAAGGUAAUGUUCACCAGAGAUCCUUUGCAGAGGGUGGUUUCAGCAUACAGGGACAAGUUUCUACAUGAAGAUGAUGUUUACUAUAGCAAAACCAUUGCUGGCGUAAUAAAAAGAAGACUCAAAGUCAAUUCUACAGGCCCUAUUACCUUUCAACAAUUUGUCAGCUUCAUCGUUGUGGAAAACCCCAGCCACAGAGACACCCAUUGGAAGCCGAUGUUCCAACUCUGCGAUCCAUGCAGAAUCCAGUAUGACGUCAUCGGGAAGUUCGAAAGCAUGACUCAGGAUGCGGAAUUUGUUUUGAAGACUAUUAAGGCACCAAAAGACAUGAGAUACCCCAGUUUGAAACAUCAUGCAAAUGAUAGCCGUACUAAUGGGGACAUCACUGAACAAUACUUGAAGACUCUGCCACACGACCUGUACAGAAGACUUUUAAAUGUGUACAGUGUUGACUUCUCCAUGUUUGACUACGGCUACUACGAUGACUUAGGGGCUCAAACAACAACCAACAACAACCAUCAACAAGAGCAAAUUAAUUAA